AUGGCGUCCAAGAAGGUCACCACCGCGUUCUCGAAGUACACAGUCCAGCCCACCGGCAUCUAUGCGGCGAUCCACAGGUUUUUCGCGCUCGACCCCAACCGCUCGACCGGCGUUCCCUUGAACCCGCAAUUCCGUAACCCUCCCCCCGGUGGUCUUGACCCUGCCAUCUACGACGAGCCUGUCACCAUCCCCGCCGCCGACAUUGCCGAGAACCCAUACUGGAAGCGCGACGUACGACGACAAUACCCCAGGCUGUCGACCGUCACCCAGGCCGACGCGGUUGCGCUGCUCCAAGUUGGCAGUGCAGCGGCGCCCAAGCAGGACUUGAUUGGCGAGGCUGGCUCCAAGCAGCUGGUUGCUGCACAAGAAGAGGGCGCAAAGGGCCUGGCUGUCGCAUUCGAGAGGAACACUGGCCUGGCAAAGGAUGUGCUUGGCCCCGGUGGCAUGCCCCCUCUGCCCAGCGGUUUGCACGUCAGCGAUGUUGGUGUCAAGAGAUACAAUUUGGAGAAGGAGCAGUCCUACGGAGCUGACUACCCAUGCAGGACAUUCGCUUAA